AUGGCGGCCUCAGCAAUUGACGCCGUUCCCAUCCGCGUUACUUCAUCAGAACAAUUGGCUUCAGUAUCUUCCAGUCAGCCACAGAAUUCGCAGGAUCUUGAACUGGUCUUGUUGAACACCGUCCUGGAUGAGGAGGCCUCGAAACGCAAGGCCAGUUCUGCUGAAUGGACUGGAUCGCUCGAUGUGAACAGCUUGAGCUCAACAUGGCGGAAAGCCUGCUCGCAAGGACCGAUCCCCGAUGUCUUGUGUUCAUUUAGGUGUGUCAAAUUCGACCUGUCAUUUAGCGGCCGCUCUCCACCACCCAACUCGGGAGUUAAGGAUUCGAGUGACGCCUCCCGUGUAGGUGAGGACGACAGCCGAACAGACGACAACAGCGGCGCUGAAUCAACCUCGACUCCAAGCACACCUUCUCGUGCUCUCAAUGUGUACUGGGAGACCACUGCGCCCACAUCACCUCGAGAACGUGAUGCUCACCUUGUCAAAGAGAUGGAUGUCGUCCAUUUGGUCAUCUUGCUCGCCAAAAUAUUGAGGAUGAGGGUACAAAGGGCGCAAGCAGGAGAGUCGAGACGUUUGGUUUUCAAGCUUGAACCCGGCACGCUACCGCUUGGUCCUCGCAACGAUCUCGAGCGAGCCCUGUAUGCUCUUUCGAUGGCUGGGUCAUAG